AUGACCCGGAGGUCUCGCUCUUCGCUGCAGCAACAACCACAGACUCCGCACUACAGCAGACAGCAGACAGCCAUGGCGACGGUCGAGAGGCGAGACGCCCGACUGUCCAAGAAGAUGCCGUCGUACGGCGGUCGCCCGUCCGAGGACGACGACCCUAGCCUCUCCGCCGAGGACGAGGAGGUGGAUGAGACGUUCCUGGCGCUGCAGAAGCUGUUGAAGGCGCUGAACCGCACCAACCGCGGCAGCGUCGGCAGCAACGGCAGCUUCCUCGGUGGCGGCAACAGCAGCAGCAAUCAGGUGGCGCCCAUUAACGAAAGCUCCAACCAACAGCGCAUGUCCCGCGAGGAGAUGCUGGAGAGCCGGCGACAGGAGCGCGACCGCUUCCGCCGCUCGCUUUUCGCCAAGAACAGCAACAACCACGCGCGCCGUCGACGCACGUGCCCGGCCUACUACUGCUCUGAAGAGGAGGAGGAGGAGGAGGCCCCCGUGCAGUCGGUGGAGAGCACCAUCUCCAACCGGUUCAUGAACGGCUCCUUCUCCAAUUUGAACGUGCACGUGAUCUCGCGCGACCGCUGGUCAACGGAGGACCGCGUGAUCGAACGGCUGCCCAUUGUGAUGCUACCCAAGAGCGGCAAGGUGUCCAUCCCCACGGACAACGAGAAGAUCAAGGUAGUGCAGACGGACGAGUAUAUUGAUCUGCGGGAGAAGCUGGUCAAGAACAUGCCUGCGGGAUCUUCGACCUUGCACUACCUCACUCCCCCACGCUCGACAUGGUACAUGCAAAUGCACGACUUCGAGGAGCUCAACUGCUGAACGGACUUCCAAUUCAUGAACGGAACUGCACAUUGGGAAGAAAAGAAGAAAGCAAGGGGGCUGAGCUGGGGGCAUGUACGCGAGC